AUGGCCACAUCCGGCAGGAUCAGUUUUACAGUGAGGAGCAUUUUGGAUUUACCAGAGCAAGAUGCUAAUAGCAUAAAGCAAGCCUCUGAGCAUCACCACUCAACGGAGAACUACACCGGCUCGCCGUACCGAGGGUGGAUAGAAACAGACAGAAAUCACUAUCCCUCUUCCGACGAGAGCGGCCCGGAGAUGAGCUUGCCCGAUUCCACCCAAAGGUCUCUUCCCGUCCGCGGCUCGGAGGCCGAGGAGAAGAAGAAGAAGCGGCGGGUGCUCUUCUCCAAGGCACAGACGCUGGAGCUGGAGCGGCGGUUCCGGCAGCAACGGUACCUCUCGGCUCCGGAGCGGGAGCAACUGGCCCGGCUGCUCAGCCUCACCCCCACGCAGGUGAAGAUCUGGUUCCAGAACCACCGCUACAAGAUGAAACGGGCUCGCAGCGAAGGUCCCGGCAGUCCCCCGCCGCGCCCGCCCGCCCUGCUGCGCCGGGUGGUGGUACCGGUGCUGGUGCGGGACGGGGAGCCCUGCCGCGGCUGCCCCGCCAGCCCACCGCCACCCACCCCACGGCCCAAGCUGGGCUGCGCCCUGGCGGGAUGCAGCGCUCAGGCCGCCCUCGCCCUGCAGGGUUACGGAGCCUGCCCGCCCGCUGCCGCCCUCGGCGUCUUCCCCGCGUACCAGCACUUAGCGCACCCCGCCGUCGUCUCCUGGGGAUGGUGA